GAUCUGCAGAAAAAACACCACAGAACUACCAAACCAAAGCCCUUUUGGAUCUAAAUAUUUUUCAUUUUCUGGCUCUUCACAUCUUCUCAUCUAUCCUUGUUUGAGUUCCCCUCCAUCUCCUACGAUUUGAAAUAUUUUUAUUCCAUUUUUAUUUGGUUUAUUUUUACUCGAUAUCAAUUGAGCAUGAGGAUUCGAAAGAACGCGAAGCUAUCAUCGUUGGUAAACCCGACAGGUCCGAGGUCCGAGAGUGUGCACGUGUGCGAGCUGAACCAGUCGCCAUGGGAUGUGGUUCCUUUCGCUCAAGACCCAUACCCAUCGUAUCUUCAUUACCAGUUCGAACCUGAAGAUAGCUUUCAUGGAAAUGAGAGCUUUGGCGAUUCUAUUGGUGCUGUCGAGAGCGUAGCGUCGAUGAUGGACAGUGAACAUAAAUCGAUUAUGAAAGUCGAAGGCAUGGUUAUCGACGAUGACGACGACCAACUCGGGUUCCAGACCCAAUGCGAAAAUGAAGAGAAGGGAUCCAAGCCAGAUUGUUCGCUGAAAUCUUUCAGCCACGAUAAUGGCAAGAAUCCCAGCAAGAAAGCCGGGAACUGCCGCGGACGAUCCCGAGAAGCAAGAAAGGGUCGUUGUUGGCGUCGAACCCAUAUGAAUUCUACUAUUACUCGGGGUUUGGGCCGUCGUGGGGGAGGAGAAGAGGCGGCAGAAGCAGCAACAGAGAAAUGAGGAAGAAGAAUAUUAUUAUCGAGGGUAAAGAUGUUGAAAACGACAGCAGCGUUGUCACUACGCAAAUCAACAAUACGACGCUGUCGUCUUCUUCGCAAUUUGAUUAUGUCGACGAUGAAGACGAUGAGGAGGAGGACGAUGUGAAUGUAGAUGGUGGCGAUAAGAAACGAAUGAGGAAGCCUAUUAAAGCAAGAUCGUUAAAGUCCCUAAUGUGAAAGAAGAUCAACAAAAU